ACUUUGACACAAGACAUGCCAGCUGACGCUCACGAAAAAUCUACAAUGGUGAGCAACUCUGCAAUGAACAACACAGGGGUGCGCGACAGUGCUGCCGUGGUAUAUUUAUGUGAUGAGAUAUUUGACUUUGCGACCAUCAGCGGUGCUUUCUUCAUUUUGGUCUUCAUCUUCAGCAUUGCAGGCAACAGUGUCCUCUUAUGUGUUCUUGUUGCUUACGAGAACCUGAAAAAUGUGACUAAUAUAUUUGUCCUGAACCUGGCUUGCUCUGAUCUGAUCUUCACCUUCACACUUCCAUUCUGGGCAACAUAUUUCCUGCACCACUGGGUCUUUGGGGACCUUUGCUGCAAAUUCAUGAUAGCGGCGUACUUUGUUGGUUUGUACAGCAGUGUCAUUCUACUGACUGCCUUGACCGUGGAUCGUUUCAUAACAGUGGUGCUGCAAAACUGGCCAUGCAACUCUGUGAAGAGGCAAAGGUGGGCAAAGGGUGUCAGUGCAGCUGCCUGGAUCAUCAGCAUUGCUGCAUCCCUGAGUGAUGCUGUUCAUGUAAAGGCGGAAACCCACUGGGAUAAUUUUACCACAUGUGUGCACCCCUCUCACAAUGAUGCCGAUGUGGGACAUUAUCUCCAAGUGUCACUGCUUUUCUUCCUCCCAUUGCUCAUCAUUGUUUUCUGUUACUCUGCCAUCCUCAAGACAGUUCUGAAGUCUUCAAACAGGAAAAGGCACAGGACUGUAGUGGUGGUAUUGUGUAUUGUCGCAGCCUUCAUCAUCUGCUGGGGACCUUACAAUUUUGUGCUUUUCAUCAAGUUUUUCUAUGAACCCAAAAGCUGCGAUGCAAUUGAACGCUUGUCCAUCGUCUUUCAUAUUUGUCAGAUACUCGCUUAUUGUCACUGCUGUAUGAAUCCUCUGCUGUACAUGCUCUCACAAAAGCUACGAAAACAUCUGUUGCAUCUUUUACCCUGUGAGAAAGAGUGCAGGAAGAACAGGGAGAGAGGUAUCGGCCAGAGCACUUGUGUUAUUCAGAAUACAACUACUAUGUUACAGAACUCUGCUGUUAUAUUGGAAAUGCAAUGCAAAUAGACAUUCGCUUUUAAAAUGAAACAUUGGUCCAAAUGCUUUAGUGGAACUUAGUUUGUAUCAAUGUAAUAAGUUUGUAUCUAUUUAAUUUAUAAAAGAUUUGUCCUUACAAAAAUAUCAUGUCAUUAUGUAUGAUAAUGUGUGGGAAAUAUUUUCACUUUUGUACUUUCCCAGCCUUUGUGAAUGACAUUGCUCUGCUUUUACUGUAAUAUAUCUAAAUAAAAUUUAGUUGGAAUCCA